ACACGGGGCUGGCGGCGAGGAUGGCCGGCUUCGCGGAGCUCGGCCUGUCGUCGUGGCUGGUGGAACAAUGUCGGCAGCUGGGUUUGAAGCAGCCCACGCCCGUACAACUCGGCUGCAUCCCCGCCAUCCUGGAGGGUCGGGACUGCCUGGGCUGUGCCAAGACAGGCAGCGGCAAGACAGCAGCGUUUGUCCUGCCCAUCCUGCAGAAGCUGUCUGAGGAUCCCUAUGGCAUCUUCUGCCUCGUCCUGACACCCACCAGGGAGCUGGCCUACCAGAUCGCAGAGCAGUUCCGGGUCCUGGGGAAGCCUCUGGGCCUGAAAGACUGCAUCAUCGUAGGCGGCAUGGACAUGGUGGCUCAGGCCCUGGAGCUCUCCCGGAAACCACACGUGGUCAUUGCCACUCCGGGGCGCCUGGCAGACCACCUCCGCAGCUCCAGCACCUUCAGCAUAAAGAAGAUCCGCUUCCUGGUGCUGGAUGAGGCGGACCGGCUGUUGGAGCAGGGCUGCACUGACUUUACUGUGGACCUGGAGACCAUCCUGGCGGCCGUGCCGGCCCGCAGGCAGACCCUGCUCUUCAGUGCCACACUGACCGACACGCUCCGGGAGCUGCAGGGCCUGGCCACCAACCAGCCCUUCUUCUGGGAGGCUCAGGCCCUGGUACGCACGGUGGAGCAGCUGGAUCAGCGCUACCUGCUGGUGCCUGAGAAGAUCAAGGAUGCCUACCUGGUCCACCUGAUCCAGAACUUCCAGGACGAGCACGAGGACUGGUCCAUCAUCAUUUUCACCAACACGUGCAAGACCUGCCAGAUCCUGUGCAUGAUGCUGCGCAAAUUCAACUUCCCCACCGUGGCCCUGCAUUCCAUGAUGAAACAGAAAGAACGCUUUGCCGCCCUGGCCAAGUUCAAGUCUAGCAUCUACCGGAUCCUGAUCGCGACAGAUGUGGCCUCCCGGGGCCUGGACAUUCCCACAGUGCAGGUGGUCAUCAACCACAACACUCCCGGGCUCCCGAAGAUCUACAUCCACCGAGUUGGCCGGACCGCCCGUGCAGGGCGGCAGGGACAGGCUAUCACACUGGUGACGCAGUAUGACAUCCACUUGGUACACGCCAUAGAGGAGCAGAUCAAGAAGAAGCUGGAGGAGUUCUCAGUGGAGGAGGCCAACGUGCUGCAGAUUCUCACGCAGGUCAACGUGGUGCGGAGGGAGUGUGAGAUUAAACUAGAGGCAGCCAACUUUGACGAAAAGAAGGAGAUCAACAAGCGGAAGCAGCUGAUCCUGGAGGGGAAGGACCCUGACCUGGAGGCCAAGCGCAAGGCAGAGCUGGCCAAGAUCAAGCAGAAGAACCGGCGCUUCAAGGAGAAGGUAGAGCAGGCCCUGCAGCAGCAGAAGGCCAGCAGGGCUGGCCGCCAGGGGCAUCCACCUGGGGUCCAGCCUGAGGCCCGUUCAGCCCCAGCACCCACCCAGGACCCGGCCUGAGUUCCACACGGCCCCCACCUGCCCAGCCUGAGAUUCCUUCAUCGAGCUAAGGUUCAGAGGGUCCCCCCCUGGGGACAGUCCCCCCUCCCAGCCUGCCCGGUCCCCCUCAGCGGAGCCCAUGGACACCCACGUUGUACAGCCCCCAACUGGCCCCUUCUCAGAACCUUGGCCAAGAGUCAGGCUGCAGGGGAGGAAAGAACGCUGGCUGUGAGGUUGGGCCCAGUUCCACAUACGGUGACCCCAGCCCAAGGUCACCUCAUGGGUGUGCCACGGGGCCCCAGAGCGACGGUGUGUCGCUCACAGGAGGUACUCAAUAAAUGGGUCUUUCGACUUCCUCCAUCUGACUCUCAGGGAGUCAGGGCAGGAGAGGA